GCUGACGCAUUUGUCUUUCAUAUCUGAAAGACAUCGGUCCACUCUGACACUGGAGCCGGGGAGGUUUACAUGAGGUGAUGUGAUGGAUAAAAAAACAGGAUGCCCAAGAGGAGACAGUGGAGCUAAACAUGGCACUGGACGGACUGAGAAUGCUAGUGGAUCAGCAGGUAGGGGACGUGGAGGGGCAAGAGGAAGAGCACCAUCAAACCGUGCCAAUUCUUGUCAACGUGAAACUGGAAGCAAACCGAAGCAUGGGUUUGAGAGAGGAGCUAAAGCAGGUGCAGGAGGGCAAGGUGGGAGGGGCACUGGGAGAGGAGGAGGGCACGGGACUCCUGGAGCUGAGAGGAACCAAGAGGCGUGGCAAAGAGACAGAGGCAGAGGGGGGAGAGGGAGAGGCGGAAGCAGGAGUCACAGUAUAGCUGGUGGAGAGAGAGGGGCUGGUGAGUUAGGUGCACAUAGAAAUGAAGGAUGGAGAAGUCAUGGGCAAGAGAAUGGAAACAGAAGGGGAGGUUAUAGUGAGGGGAGAAGAGGAAGUAGACCAGAGAUGACAGAAAAUACAAAGGAAAAAAGGAGAAAUGCACCCAAUUCAGAUACUCCUAAAGGAAGCAGGCUUGGCUUUAGAAUGCUUGAGGAACUUUCUUCAAAAGAGCCAUCUGAAGUGGCCGUCCGCGUCUCCUCCCACCCUGGUCUAAAACCUCUACUUAGUGAGUUUACGAUGGGGAAGGACCUGGUGGAGCUGCUGUGUCUGGUGUUGAGUAAAGCCUUCAAAUCCCGCGUAGACAGGGUCACUCUGCAGCACCUGGCCGGGAUCAUCAAAAACUCAAGCUUUCUGCGCACUGUCCUGCCACACUACCUGGCAGGUGUAGGGUCUGAGUCUGACACUGACCGCAGAGAGAAAUAUCCACAGCACCUGGAGAACAUCCUGGCCAUCCUCACACAGGUACUUAGCAACUUCCCUGCCAGCUCGGUUGAACCUGUGAGUCUGCUUCUCACUCUCCUGCCAACGGCCAUCAACAGCUUGAGGACUUCAGGAGUGGACGUACCAGCUCAGAUAGAGGAGAAUAUGGAGCAGCUUCAAGAACUGGUCAGACAUCUUCAAACAAGGUCCAGAGAGGGCACCUUACGCUCAGACAAGGACAAUUAUGCGCUUCUGCCCGCUGGUGGUGACAUCCCAGGGGAAGACCAGCAAGACUUCAGGACUAUUCCAAUCUACCCGACGCCAGAGGAGCUUCGACACGAGGAAAGACCCUAUCUCAGACCCAACCUCACCUCCCAACGCUACCCAAACACCCACCUGUAUCUGGACACACACUUUCGACUGCUCAGGGAGGACUUUGUGCGGCCGCUCAGAGUAGGGAUCCAGGAGCUGCUCUGGACCCAAAUGAACCUUGGACAAAUGGAUAACCCUGGCAAUCAAGUAAAGGGAAAGCGACUGGAUGACAUCAGAAUAUAUCAUGACACAAAAGUGAUAGCCCCUAAAUGCACCAUCAAUGGUCUAGCAUAUGUCGUCCAGUUUAAUGUGAAGCCACUCAAGUUUGUGCGCUGGCAGAAUUCAAAGAGGCUGAUCUUUGGUUCUUUGGUCUGUUUGUCAUGUGAUAACUUUGAGAGCUUCCUCUUUGCAACUGUGUCAGAUCGAGACCCGAAAGAGCUCCAAGAAGGAAGAGUUCAGAUCACUUUUACAGAAGAAAGCAGACAUAGGUUGGCCAGGAUUCAGCAAAACCAAGUAUUCUUGAUGGUAGAGACCACUGCUUACUUUGAAGCUUAUCGCUAUGUUUUGGAGGGCCUCCAAGAGCAGGAGGAGGAUGAGCUGCCCUUUCAGAGGUACCUUGUAGACUGCAGCCCAGAUGUGGAACGUCCAGCUUAUCUCUACAGAGGUGACACUUAUGACCUGUCGGCUGUGGCUCAUCCGGACUUCAAGACCAAAGUCAGGCCAUUUCACUGCCUAGAUACAGAGGCCUGGCCCACAAUGGAGCAGCUGGGGCUGGACGAGUCUCAGUUCAAAGCCUUUCAGUUGGCCCUCACUAAAGAGCUAGCCAUAAUACAGGGGCCCCCAGGGACCGGAAAAACCUAUGUUGGGCUUAAGAUUGCUCAGGCUCUGCUGACCAAUCAAACCCUUUGGAGGGUUAAUACUCCUGUUCUGGUUGUGUGUUACACUAACCAUGCUUUGGAUCAGUUUCUUGAAGGUAUCCAUAAAUUUCUUCUUGAUGGAAUAGUGAGAGUUGGAGGCCGCAGCAACAGUGAGAUCCUGAAGCGCUUCAAUCUGAGAGAAUUGGCUCACAAAGAAAAGUUCAAACGCAAUGGCCCCAACUACCUGUCAGCUGCUUAUAACACAAUUUUUAGAGAGCUUUGUGAGGCUGAGCGUGAGCUGCAAGUUCAAAGUAUGCAACUGGAAUGUACUGUCAAAGGAGUCCUACGAGAGAAUGUCCUGCAACGAUACAUCAAAGAGAAGCACUGGGACAGUCUACAAAUGAUUUAUAAUCAGGGAGGAUUUCAAAGGAUGCCUGGCAGGAAAUUAAACCUGAUCAUGGAGUGGCUGGGUCUUGGUGGUCUCUCACAUGGGCAUAUAUUGAAUAUACCAAUGGUCAAUGAUAUGGAGGCUGAAGCUGCAUUGGAGGAGCCAGAAGAUGCCCUCAUUGAUAUUGAAGAGGAGGCAGAUAUGAUGGCAGCUGAGCGUAUUAUCGAUGACUUCAUUUAUCCCAGAGAUGGGAGAGACCGGCACAAAAAAGGGGACACACAGCAGACCAUAAGAGAAGUGGAGAGCAUGAUGCUGGCCAUGUCUCUGGAUGAACCGGAGACACAUGCUAAUCCUGAGGCAAAUCCUGGAAUGAGUGAUGACAUUUGGGAGUUCCAACGAGACCAAAAGAAAAGGAUGAAAAAAAAAAUCAAACAUGAGUUGCAGAAAAGUUCAACCAUGACUGAGACAGAAGAGCGCCUCAUUACUAAUAUCUGGACGCUGAGUGUACCUGACAAAUGGAGGCUUUAUCGUUUGUGGCUUUCCCGCUAUAGAAUAGACCUGCGCACCAAAACCUUGGAUUUAGAACAAGAGUAUCAAAAUUCAGUGGACAGAUUGGCUGAUGUCAAACGACAACAGGACUGCCGUAUUCUUAAAGAGGCAACGGUGAUCGGCAUGACAACGACAGGUGCAGCCAAGUUUCGUCACACUCUGCAGCAAGUGCGUCCAUCUCUGGUGAUCGUGGAGGAAGCAGCAGAGGUUCUGGAGGCUCACACCAUCACCACUUUGAGCAGCGCCUGUCAACAUCUCAUCCUCAUUGGAGACCAUCAGCAGUUACGUCCAAGUGCCACUGUGUAUGAACUGGCAAAGAACUUCAACUUGGAAAUGUCAAUGUUUGAGAGACUAGUGAACAUGAAACUUCCCUACGUCAGACUCAAUUAUCAGCAUCGCAUGAGGCCAGACAUUGCCCGUCUGCUGACCCCGCACAUUUACUCAGAGCUGGAGAACCAUCCCUCAGUGUUACACUACGAAAACAUCAAGGGUCUGAACACUAACCUGUUCUUUGUGGAGCACAAAUAUCUUGAAGAAGAAAUCAAAGAUGGAAAAAGUCAUGAGAACAGACAUGAAGCCCAAUUUGUUGUUGCUCUGUGUCGGUACCUCCUUCUUCAGGAGUACAAACCAGAGCAGAUUACCAUCCUCACCACUUACACAGGCCAGCUGUUCUGCCUGCGUAAACUCAUGCCAGCUAGUCAGUUCUCAGGGGUCAAAGUGCAUGUGGUAGACAAAUAUCAAGGAGAGGAAAAUGAUAUUGUGCUGUUGUCUUUGGUCCGGAGCAACAUGCAGCGCAAGGUGGGUUUUUUGAACAUCCCUAAUCGAGUGUGUGUGGCUCUGUCGCGUGCAAAGAAAGGCCUCUACUGCAUAGGGAACAGUGAGAUGCUCGGCCAAGUCAAACUAUGGAGCAACAUCUUCCACACUUUAAGGGAGAAGGAUCAGAUGGGCACAGCUCUGACCCUCUGCUGUCAGAAUCACCCCUCUCGACAUGUCAAAGCUUCUAGUGCCACAGACUUUGAACAGGCCCCUGAAGGAGGCUGCACCCAGCCCUGUGAGUACCGCUUGAACUGCGGCCAUGUGUGUGCUAAAGUGUGUCAUCCUUAUGACCCAGAGCACAAGGAGUAUCAGUGUUUGAAGAAAUGCCAGAAGAUUGUUUGUGAUUUAGGACAUCGCUGCCUUCUACUGUGCUAUCAGACAUGUAGCGAUUGUAAAGUGCUGGUGGAGAAGACCAUCCCUCAAUGCCAACACAAACAGAUGGUUCCUUGCCACAAGGAUCCUAACAGCUUUGUGUGCCAAGAACCCUGUCAGAAAACACUGGAGUGUGGACAUCCAUGCGAUAGAGUUUGUGGGGAACCGUGCACCUCUAGAUGCCAUGUAAAGAUUAGAUAUGAUUUGCAAUGUGGCCACAGCCAGAAGGAUUUUUGUUUUUACAAAACAAUGCAAAAGGAGCCAUUCUGCACAGCUCCAUGUGAGCAGGAGUUGAAAUGUGGCCAUUCAUGUCGUGGUAAAUGCAGCCGUUGCCACCAGGGGCGCUACCACUCCGGCUGUUCCCAGAAGUGUGAGCGUCUUCUGGUUUGCUCUCACAAGUGCCAGGCUCAUUGCACAAACUGCCCUCCUUGUGCUCGUCCAUGUGAGAAUCGCUGUGUCCACAGUCACUGCCCCAGGCAAUGUGGCCAGCCCUGUCAUCCCUGUGUGGAGCCCUGUGCCUGGCAGUGCCCACACCAAACCUGCACCAAGCUCUGCCACGAGCCCUGUGACCGCCCUCCAUGUGAUGAACCAUGUUAUCAGACCCUGGCCUGUGGGCACCCAUGCAUCGGCCUGUGUGGAGAGAAAUGUCCAGACAAGUGUCGUAUCUGUCAUCGUGAAGAAGUCACCGAGAUCUUCUUUGGCUUUGAAGAUGACCCAGACGCCCGCUUUAUUCAGCUACAAGACUGUGGACACGUCAUCGAACGCAGAGCAAUGGACCAAUACAUGGAAAUGGAUGAGAGACAGCAAGAAAACCAGGAAGAAGUGGCAAUCAAACUCAAAGAGUGUCCCAAGUGUCGCACACCAAUACGAAAGAAUCUUCGUUAUGGCUCUCACAUAAACCGCUGUCUGGCUGAGAUAGAGCUGGUGAAGCAGAAGAUUGCAGGAAAUCAGGAAGAUACUGAAUUACAAACACUAACCUUAAUGAAACUCUGGCAAGAAAACAAGCACAAGGCAAUACUGUCUUAUGAAUUCAGCAGGAUAGAAAAUGAACUGCAAAGACCCCAUCUAUCAGCAGUCGACCUGUGGGUCAUUGAGAACAAAAUGGAUUUCUAUACACAUGUUGCCAAGGUGAUUGAAAGACAAAAAAUGUCUUCCUCUGUAGCUACAGCAUUUAAUGAAAGGAUUGAAGAGUUUUUGGGCUGGCUCAAAAAUCCACAGCAAAAAUUUUCAGAACAGCAGGUGUACGACCUGGACAGGGAACUACGGAGACUCACGCUCUUGGCUGAACUAAAUGCUCACUCCAAUAUGGCGCAACUCAGAGGACAAAUGGGAAACAUUCAAAUAGAGGAACAAACUCUACGAAAAGUUCUGGAAAAAUGUGGUCCGUUCACUGAAGAUGAUGAAGCAAGGGCCAAACCAAUAAUAGAGGAGCUGAAAAGGAAGACCCCUUACACCGGUUUAGGGAUCAGUGAUGAAGAGAGGAAGAUGAUUGUGUCAGCCAUGCAAAUGCCCGGCCACUGGUUCAAAUGUCCCAAUGGUCACGUGUAUCUUAUAUCCGAUUGUGGAGGAGCCAUGGAGAGCCGCAAAUGCCCAGAUUGCAAUGCUGUUAUUGGCGGGGCCAGUCAUAGAGUUGCUAGUGGUAACCAGCUGGCCUCAGAAAUGGAUGGAGCACAGACACCUGCCUGGCCAACAGCACUCGGACCACAGCUGUUUUAAAUGGAACUUUCUUAUUUCAGAUUGAGUAAGCACAUUCUAACUGGCAGAAGUAACGGCAUUAGAGAUGUAGUCUAUUAAUUACCUUGCAGUCAGUACAAUAAAGUAGUGGGCUAUGUGCAGUGAUGGAAACAGUACUGAAAAUCUGUACUCAAUUACAGGUACAAGUUUAAAAAUC